AGUGCGAAAUGCAUUCUGGGUUUCAACGUAAAAUGGCGGUGCCUGUACGUGAAACGUGAGUGAUAUUUGGGUGUAUGAAUUGGAUUCCUCGGCGUUAUCGUGCAAAUGAUGAAAUAUAGAUGUAAAUAUUUACAACCUGCGUGAUUACUGAUAAACCACUAUUAUUGCUGUACUCAGUUGGUGACCUGGGAAAGAGGCAACAAGCAUUGUUUGGGUUUCAUGGUUGAAGAUGUCUUUGUUCGGGAGUUUUUUGAGGGCCGGGAUGACGUUUUGUCAUUCUACCCUUGAAUCAACGAGGCAUAUCUCCACAGGUGUAUGCAGAAGAAUCAGAAUGCACACCAUUCCAGCGCCCAAAGUGACGGACAGGUGGACGGAGAAGCGCAGCAUGUACGGUGUCUAUGACAACAUUGGAAUUCUGGGUGACUUCAAAGCCCAUCCACGAGACUUGAUCCUGGCACCGGUUUGGCUGAAGGGUUUCCAGGGCAACGAGUUGCAGCGUCUCAUAAGGAAGAAGAGGAUGGUGGGGGAGAGGAUGAUGACCGCCGAUCGCCACAACCUGGAGAAGAGGAUCAAAUUCCUUUACAGGCGCUUCAACAGAUACGGCAAACACAGAUGAUCAGAGUCCAGGACCUGAUCAAUAGCUUUGAUCCAUCGUUGCGCGUGACUGGCUAACUUAUCACUCUUAGACUGACUGGUAAUUAUAGCUGCCCUCAGCUGCAAUGGUUGACCUAAUUAAUGUUGUGAGACUUCAUCAGCUGUUGCUUGACCAAUAAAUUGAUGGCCUGGUGAAUGCUGUGCUAGUUAUUUUUAUUUUUCAGUUUUUUUUGUUGUUUGUUUUGUGAGGGAUGCAUAAAUAAACCAAAUUAAAUUGU